CCAUCUUUGUUAUUUUUUUCAUGCCGGGUUUGGAGGCUGAAAAUUGCUUCGUGGAAAAUACAUCUGUCACCUUUUUUUAGGUCGUUGUUUUUUUAUCCUUUGGAAGGUUAGCGCUGAUGGCAGACUCUAGUAAUUAACUGCAUUUUCUGCAGUUAUUUCCUACCGAAAAUUCCGUCUUUGGCUAUCGUGGACUCGCAAUUUCAUCGGGUGAAUUUCAACUCUUCAAUUCAACAACGGGGAACGGGGCCGACCGUGGGAAACACUCCCCUCCCCGUCAGUCUAGCCAGUAGCCUGCAGGGCGGCAGAAGGUUGGACGUGAGUGCGAUCUACCAUCUCUAAGUUCUUCCCGCAUCCAAGAUGUCCACCACCCAGACGCAGACCCUUAACCAGGAGGCCAUCAGCAACGGCACCAAGGAGGUGAUCAAGGGCCUGGAGCAGCUGAAGAAUGAGCACAAUGACAUCCUCAACAGUCUCUACCAGUCGCUCAAGGUAGUCAAGAAGGACCAUGGAGACUCUAACCUGGUGGAGGAGAAGACGGGGAUCAUUGAGAAGUCUCUGGAGAGCCUCGAGUUGGGACUCGGCGAAGCUAAGGUGAUGAUGGCCCUCGGUCACCAUCUGAACAUGGUGGAAGCUGAGAAGCAGAAGCUGAGAGCGCAGGUACGGAGGCUCGUUCAGGAGAACGCCUGGCUUCGCGACGAGCUGGCGGCCACCCAACAGAAGCUUCAGACCAGCGAGCAAAACCUGGCUGAGCUGGAGGAGAAGUACAAACAUCUGGAGUACAUGAACUCCAUCAAGAAGUACGAUGAGGACAGAACACCUGAUAGUGAAGAAACAGCAGAGCCACUAGACUUGGGCUUCCCUGAAGAUGAUGAUGAUCAACAGCAACCAGAAGACCAAUACCCGCAGCAGCAGGCCAGUCCAGGUGCUGCGGCAGCCGCAGCAGGCGGCUACGAGAUCCCAGCCAGACUACGCACUCUACAUAAUCUUGUCAUCCAGUAUGCGUCGCAGGGACGUUACGAGGUCGCCGUGCCACUCUGCAAGCAAGCCUUGGAGGAUCUGGAGAAGACAUCAGGUCACGAUCAUCCAGACGUGGCCACGAUGCUUAACAUACUUGCACUGGUCUACAGAGAUCAGAAUAAAUACAAGGAGGCUGGUAAUUUAUUACAUGAUGCCCUCGCUAUCAGAGAGAAGACCCUCGGACCUGAUCAUCCAGCCGUUGCAGCGACGUUAAAUAACCUUGCUGUGCUGUAUGGUAAGAGGGCCAAGUACAAGGAGGCUGAGCCGCUGUGCAAGAGAGCUCUGGAGAUUAGGGAAAAGGUGCUCGGAACGGGACACCCGGAUGUCGCCAAGCAACUGAACAACCUUGCACUCCUCUGUCAGAACCAAGGCAAAUAUGAAGAGGUGGAAUGGUACUACAAGCGUGCUCUGGAGAUCUAUGAGACUAAACUAGGUCCAGACGACCCUAACGUUGCCAAGACGAAGAACAACCUGGCCUCGGCGUACCUGAAGCAAGGGAAGUACAAGGCAGCGGAGACGCUUUACAAGCAGGUCUUAACCAGGGCUCAUGAGCGGGAGUUUGGCGGCACGGAUGACAAGGAUAGUAAGCCCAUAUGGAUGCAGGCUGAGGAGAGGCAGGAGAAGGGAAAGUUUAAGGACAAUGCUCCGUACGGUGAAUAUGGUGGCUGGCAUAAGGCAGCCAAAGUUGACAGGUACAGUAGUAGCCCCACAGUGACGACAACUCUGAAGAACCUUGGCGCCCUCUAUAGACGACAGGGUAAAUACGAAGCUGCCGAGAUCCUGGAAGAAUGCGCGUUAAGGUCCCGAAAGAACGCGAUGGAUGCAGUUAAAGAAUCCAAAGUGCGAGAACUCCUGACGAAAGAUCUCUCCACCGAUGUCCCACGCCAUGAAGCCAGCCAAAGAGACCGCAGCAAACACGACCAUCGGCGCAGCAGUGGCGGCUCAGGGUCGCGGAGAGAGAGCACGGACAGCGUGUCGUACGAGAAACAUGACGGCGCCGAGGAAGUGAGUAUUGGCACAGCAUGGAAUGGGAAUGAGAACGGCCUGAAACGUAGCGGCUCACUGUCCAAGCUCCGGGCGUCGGUCCGUCGCAGUAGCACCAGACUCUUGAACAAAUUGAAGGGGCGGGAGUCGGAGGAUGAAGGAGGGUCCGACAUUUUUGAUGAUUUUGUGGAUAUGGUGAAAUCGGGCAUGAAACGAGCUAGCUCCAUGUCAGUCCUCACCAGUCGGGGAAAUGAUGAUGCCGGCCCUCCAAUACAGCUCAGUCAACGUGGGCGAGUGGGAAGCCAUGACAACCUCUCCAGCCGACGCCAGACAGGUAACUUCUGACCACUCAACUCUUCUCCGUCUUCUGUAACAUAAAACACUAUACAAAGCUUCGCUGUGGCGGGCAGGUCAAAAUUCCAGUUGAAUCUAGUUAAAACUGGGUUUAACUGUUGAAAACCAGUUGAUAAACUAGUUAAACAUGGUUAAAACCAGGUGGUUUAAUAUGUAGAUUGGACAAAACCAGUUGGUUUAUACAAUUAAGCAUAGUUAACAUGGUUGAACAUAGUUCAAACCAGUUGGUUUUAUAUAUAGAUUGGACAAAACCGGUUGGUUUAUACAAACAAACAUAGUUAACCUAGUUGAACACAGUUCAAACCAGUUGGUUUUUAAAGGAAAUUGGACAUUAUCCAGCUGAACCAGUUGACCCAGUUAACUGGGUUCAACUGUUAUUUUGACCUGGGUAGGGAUCAGCCACCACGGCCUUGCCGACCCACGUAGUGUAUUUUGUCAAAACAAGGAAUGUAUAUCAGUGUUCUAUUCGCAUUGGAAGCACAAUUAAUUACAGUUGGAAAGAAUUGUACAAAUUUAGCCAUCAAUGGUGUUUUAUUAAUAACGGUGACCGUAGCGACAAUGUGUACAAGAUCCAUGUUGAGUUUUGUUAUGGUGAUAGUUUGUGAACGACGAUGCUUGUGUAAUAAUAGUUAGAAGCUUUUGAAAUUGGAAAACUAGAAGGAACAGGGUUAUGGAAACAAAUGUUGACUU